AUGUUGCAGAAAUAUUUAUGCAUUUUGUGCGUUGUUUCUGUGAGUGGUGUCAAGAUUGCGUUCGAAAAUUUUGUGCAACACAGCGGUUAUGAAUAUUCCAACUUUGAUAUACGUGUGCGAAAAUACAAUCGCACUACGACGACAUUGAACGGAACGAUCACCGUACCCGUAUGGUUCGACAACAGUAUAGUGUUUUCGUUAGAUUUAUUUCACAGCCGGCUCGGAAACCAGCAGUUCAAUCACUAUCCAAUGAAACUGCCUUCGAGCGGUACGUGUGACUUUUGGGACAACGUGCAAUACAGCUAUGGGAAAUAUCUAGGAGCGUUGAAGAAUGUUCCUGCGAGAGGCGAGUGUCCGAUUUCGCCACGACUCAUCUUUAUGCUCGAUUUUGCUUUUCCAGCGGAAACAGUCCCACUGGUAAUGCCUAGAGGUCUUUGGAAAGCAUUGGUAACUGGCAGAAUAAAUGGAGAGGAAGUAAUGUCUUAUCACCUACUCGUAAAAGGAUAUGAUGAUUUUUAA